CUUUACAUACAUAUAAUGAUUGUAUGUUUUAAAAUUUUAGAUGCAUUUACUCAAGAGGAUGUUCAACUUUCUUGGUUAUCUGAUAAUCCUGUGAUGGAUCAAGUACAGAGUACAAAAAGUGUCUUACUUAAGAAAUCUGAAACAGUCGCGUAUUACGUGAUAGAUUCAGGUGGUAAUUUUUCUACAUUGACCACGAUAUUGAACAUCAAAAGGAAUUGUCCGGCAAACAAUACAAUUAUAGGUACUCCAAUUGUUCUAGUUGUGAUUAGUACAUUUUCCCUUCUGUUCGAUGAUAACUUUACACCAAGGAUUACACUUUGCGGGGCUGCUAUGACAACAAUCAUUAUGCACUGGGCAGGGAUAUAUAAUAAGGUCCAACCGGUUGCAACUUUGUUAUGGCUCGACAAUUGGAUGUUUGGAAAUCUUAUUGCCGUCGGGUGCAUUAUUUUAUAUACGGCGAUACGUCACCACGUCU